GUCAUAAGUCAUUAUGGUUGUACGAAGAAUAAUAUAAGUAGAAUUCAUGGAUAGAAUUAUAUGAAAAUGGCUUUUCUUACAAAAAGUACUUUUUCUUUAUUCAAAAAUGCUAUUACAUCAACAUCUGUACGGUCACUCUCCUUAACUCAAAAAUUAAACGUAAAAGAAUUGAGAGAAUAUAAAGAGGGAAAUAAAUUAGUCGUCGAAGGUGUAACAAUCCCUUCGCCGAGAUCAGAGUUGAUGAUAAAGGCAGAAAAUGUACCUGGCUUGACUUUACCUGAAACCGACAAACCGAUUUGUUACUUGUGUAAACUGGGGUUGGAUGUUAAACAUACGGAUGUUCUGAUAUUGAGCCAAUUCGUACGAUCAGACGGUUGCAUGCUACCACGUCGUAUCACUGGUCUGUGUCGGAGACAACAGUAUAAAGUUGGCAAAAUGGUGACAAUGGCACAAAAAGCUGGUCUUAUGAUAAACCUAACUCCAUCAUAUUGUAAGAAGGAUCCAAAGAAAAGAUAUGGAUACAAAAAGUUCAACACUUACUUUGAUGAGUCCACUAUUUUCAUGAAGAAAAUAUCAGAUCAAAAGGACAAGUUUAAGCGAUAAUUAUACAUUUAUAAUUCAGAUUUAGAUAAUAAAUAUUAGUUAAAC